AAGGGUCAAAUGUUAGAAAGCUGUGUCUCAUUUGGUGAACUUACAGCACUUGCUGCAAAUCUACAAACAAGAAAGAGCUGCUGAAUAUUUUCUAAUCUGCAUCAGAAGAAUCAUGAGUAAAUACAACAUUCAAGUCUUCACUGGUGAUUAUUUGGGUUCUGGCACCUCCAACAGAAUCUACAUCAAUUUAAUUGGCAAAAUCGGUUCCAGUGGACAGCAUUGGAUCAAAACUCUGACAGGUCUUUGGGCUGGAUCUGAGCAACUCAUCUCGGUACACUGCAAAUCAGAUAUAGGUGAUCUCUUACUGGUUGAACUGGAAGCAAAGCCAGUGGCCCUGGGACUGAUUGAUGAUGAUUGGUUCUGCUCCAAAAUUAUUGUAACAACACCUGAAGGAGUCAGUAAGCUUUUCCCAUGCUAUUGCUGGAUGAGCAGCAACAAGAGGCUCUCUCUCCGAGAAGCUGUAGCCAAAUUAGGAACCAAGGACACAGCUCCUGAACUUCUUGCACACAGACAAGACAAUCUGAAGAGGCGUCGUCAAGACUUCAGGUGGGGUAUAUAUGCUGAAGGAUUACCUCACAUUGUGAAUGCUAAGAGUCCCACUGAGUUGCCACCUGUAGUCAGAUUCUCUUUCACCAAAGAAAAAGAAUUCCUGUUCACCCUGGGUGCAGCUUUCAAGGAGCUGAAACUUGGAACAGAAUUUAAUAACAAGGACAGAUGGAAUAACAUUGGAGAACUCUCUAGUCUGCUCUCAGAAAAGAAAAAGACAACAACAACAAAAUAUGUGGAGAAGAACUGGAUGAGGGAUGAUUUCUUUGGAUACCAGUUUCUUAAUGGCCUGAACCCAACGAUGAUCAAGCGCUGUUCAGAACUACCUGAGAAUUUCCCAGUCACCAAUGAUAUGGUCAAAAGUUCUUUACCAGAGAAAAGCACAUUAGAAAUGGAAAUUGAGAAAGGAAAUAUCUUCCUGUGUGACUACAAGAGAUUGAAUGGCCUUCAGGGAAAUGAGAUCGACGAAAGAAAGCAGUAUCUUUCUGCUCCACUCUGCUUGCUUUUCAGCACUCCCGAGAACAAACUGAUGCCAAUUGCCAUCCAGUUGGACCAGAAGCCUGGAGCACGGAAUCCCAUCUUUCUGCCCUCUGAUAAUGAGAAGGAUUGGUUGUUGGCAAAGAUCUUUGUCAGAGGUGCAGAGUUUAAUGAACAUGAGCUGAACUUCCAUCUGUUGCGCACUCACCUGCUGGGAGAAGUCUUUACUAUGGCAGUAUUGCGCAACCUGCCUUCAUGUCAUCCUCUGUUUAAGCUCCUGGUUCCCCAUGUACGCUACAAUCUCCAAAUCAACAUCAUGGCAAGAAAUCUCUUGGUUUCACCGGAUGGGGUUUUCUCUCAGUACACUGCCAUAGGCAACAAACCUAUGACUGAAUUCCUGAAAAGAGCAGCCUCUUCUCUGACAUACAGCUCUCUCUGCCUGCCGGACAACAUCAGGGAGAGGGGCGUGGAGAAGAUUCCCAACUACUACUACAGAGAUGAUGGACUGGAUCUGUGGAAUAUCAUUUCCAGUUUUGUGCAUGGAGUCCUGUCUUUUUACUACAAUGAUGAAGACGUACAGAAAGACAAGGAGCUACAGGCAUGGAUAGAUGAGAUAGUAGAAAACUGCUUCCAGGAGAAGAGUAAGACUGGAUUUCCACAGUCUUUUGUCACUGUUGAAGAACUGUCAAAGUUUGUCACCAUGGUGAUCUUCACUGUGUCUGCCCAACAUGCUGCAGUCAACAACGGACAGUUUGAUUUUGGGGCUUGGAUGCCCAACUUCCCAAGCUCUCUCCAAUGUCCUCCACCAACCAGAAAAGGAGACACCACAGAUGACACCAUUCUUAAGACUUUACCUGAUGUCUCCACCACGCUUAACAUAAUGGCAGUUGUGUACUUGCUGAGCCGCGAGUCCUCUGAUCGGUACCCACUUGGAUAUUUCCCCGAGGCAUUAUUCCGUGAGGACAUACCCCUGGACCUGAUUGCAAAGUUUCAAGAGGAUCUGCGUGUUCUUGAUAAGAAAAUUGAAAAAAGGAACAAGAAGCUUGAUCUUCCAUACACUUACUUGAGUCCAAAGAAUGUGGAUAAUAGCAUUGCCAUUUAGAGUGAACAAACUGACAGGGCAUUUUUCUAGAAUGCAUAGCGCCCAACAUGCACGAAAGAACAAGAGAAAGAAAAGAGAAAGUAAAAAAUUAUAUAAUCAAAAUAUAUUUAGAAGGGUGAUGAGCUGUUUCUUUCAUUCUUUUCAUUUAUAGCAAAAAUGCUGCAAUUUAAAUACUUCUGCUCUUAACAUAAAGGUUGAUUCUUUAGAUGAUUAUUUGAGUGAUGCUAAUGAAGAGCCACUUGUGGUUCUAUAAAGAACGAUGUUUGAUACAGAGAUUUGUGUAAACAACCUUUUAAAGAUCUUCUACAGAUCUUUCACUUGAUGUAAAUUUUUUUAAACCAAUUUAUAGUUAGUUUCACACUCUUUACAAAAGUGGUUCUUCUGUGACAUCAUUCAAAAAAGACUAAACUUGUAAACUUUACAGUGCAUUCAGCAUUUUACAAAUUCUACAAAUUCUAUUUUCCUCAGCUAACUAAAUACUAAAUAUCACAUGACAGAUGCUGAAAGGCCUGUUUUAUACACAUACUAAUACUACCAUGCAGAUAUUUGCAUGCAACAUAAUUUACAUAUAGAUUUUUUUUCCAUGCAUAUGUUUUUCAGGAAUUAAGUGCAUAAUCAGGGAGAGGUACUAUUAACAAUUUUUAAUCAUUAAUAGAGCUGUAGAUAAGAAGCUUAAUGCAUUUUAUAACCACAUAUAGAAACUGGAUCAGGGUCAAACACCUCUACAUUUACAUUUACAGCACAGAGUCAUUUCACAAGAAUGGUGGUAAAGUAGCCCUUCUUUGGAGAGGAGUAAAUUAGCAUAAAAUGCAUCCUCAAUAUAGAAUGAAUUCCAGAGUCACAUAUUAAAAACUAAUUGUUUUUAAAAGGGUAGAUCUGUAACGUCUGAUUGGAUGGCUUCAAAUUUAAAGGCCAUGUCAUGGUUUAAAAAAUGAAAGGGUUAAUAGAGACAGGCGAGAGAGGUAGACUGGAAAGAACAAGCUGGCUUCUGUUUAGAGAACUGAAAGGAAAGGACAUAUUAGGAAACGAGACACUCUGCCUGUGUGAGGCCAUGAUACUGCACUUAUUUUACUGUACCUAUAUUGAUCAGAUACAUUUAAUAGUUUUGAUUAUUUUAUGUUUACUUCCUGGUAUUUGUUCUUCUUUUUGAAUCAAUAACAUUUUUGUAGUAUGAUUUUCUUCUUGAAAUAAAUCUGAUAAAAGCUA